UUCGGUGGUUGCGAUUCAUACGAAGAUGGAGACAACCUUCCUUCCUUCCACUUUCCAUUCUUUUCUCUCAUUUUCCUUCAUUUUCCGUCACUUUGUGUGAUGGCAGUUGCAGCCUUCAAAUCCUCUUCCCGAAGAGGAAACCAAUCUUCCACUCCCUCAAACACCUCAUCAUCUUCCGGCAGACCCACAAACAGAGCUCCUCCGAUUCGAAGGUCAAGGAGCGUGAGCGCGUUCUCGAGGACCAACUCUGACCUUUCCACUGAGUUCCUCAACAAGAGGGACAACCCUCUCUUCUCAACCGCCGACCAAACCCAACCCACCAAGAAUCUUCUAGAAACUUCCACACCCGCAGAGGGCAUCGCAAGAGGACGUUCCGUGGCGCGAAGCGCAGAACCGGGUCGGAAUGAAUCGGGUCGGAGCUUGUCUCGAGCGGACUCGGGUCGACGCACCCGCUCCGCUUCGCAAUGCCCGGUUUCGAGGCGGCAUUUGAAUUAUUCGACUUCCGAGAGUGAAGCUGAAUUUAAAAGUGGGAAUGGUUUGAAGUUAUUGGGGAGUAAUAGAAAAGGUGGUUUGGUUGGAACAAGUGAUGAUGGUGUGAGGGAUCAAGUGAAGGAUUUGAACACGUGGUCCAGUCGGCAUUCGUCGAUUGAGGUCUUGGAUUUUUUUGCUGCAACUUUUUCUGGUUUGCAAACUCAAAAUGCUGAUGAUGCUGUUUCCACGGCGAGUUCUGGGUUUGGUUCUGAUGAGAAAACUAUCAGAGCAGUUUGUGAACAGAUGAAUUCAGUACAAGGAAAUCCACUGGAAGCCAAUGAUAUAUAUGAAACGGUUCGUUCUGAAGUGAAGCGUGCUAUUUCUGAGAUUCAGAUUGACCUUGAGAGUGCUAUCCAAAGGAGUAAUGUCACUGCCGCCGCUGUUGCCAACGUGUCUGAUAUUCCUCCAGACAUGGUAAACCCUGGAGCGGUAGAAUUGGUUUUGGAGAUCAGAAGAGAGUAUGCUAAAAAGCUUGAAGAGUCCCAGGAGCGAGCUAGAAAUCUUCGAGCAGAUCUGGCUGUUGAAGAACAUCGUGGACUAGAACUGGAUAGAAUCUUGAAAGAAGUUCUUCCAUAUCCCAGGACUCCUAUUAAUGUUCAAAAGUCUCGUCCAGCAAGAAAAACUAGCAUUGAAAGGAGGAGGAUGUCAAAACGUCUUGCAGAAGAUGCCAAAGCUUAUUUUGACGAGUGUGUAUCACUAUCACCAUUUGAUAGUUCUGACUUUUCAUCCCCGGAGGAUCCUCCACUCAGUUUGGUUGGUCCACCUACUCCAUCUAGUAGCAAUAUGUGUUUAACCGAGGAAUCGGGCACUCAAGGACAAUCCAUGAACAUCCAUUUUAACAUUUCACAACCAGCUCCCAGCACUGUUAGUGUGGGAGCUUUUCACGGUGGUGAAGUCAGUUCAAUCUCUGGCAACACAGAAACUGGUUGCAAAUCCUUCUCAUUUGCACAAAAACCAUCAGAAUCUGAAACCUCUGGACUUCAACAAUACAUAAAAAAGUUCGAAAAAAAUGUUUUGAAGUUGUCGACCAAGAGGUCAAAUUAUUAUGACCUCGGUGAGUAUAAUUUUCAAUCAUCAGCUGAGAGCUGGUUUGUUGAAAGGGUACACCUAAAAAGUAGAAUUGAGUCUGGUAGUUUAUUACUCUGUGGUGGUGGUAACAUAUUGUCAUCUAAAUCUUAUGGAAUAGGGAUUUGACUAGGGAAGUGUGGAUUAAAAAACCUUCAUUCAUAUAUGCCUUGUUAUUCUGACCGUGUCCUUUUCACGAGUACUAUAUAUCGAAAUGCACAUGUAAAUAUAUAAUAGCUUCUUUCUGUUUCUCUAAGCCCCCUAUGCGCGAGAUAUUUUUGUCUACAAAGUGUUAUUAUGAGAACUAAAGUA